UCAGCCCUUCGCCCUCUGGGGGUUAGCUUAGAUUCAAAGCCAUCAUCUAAUUCCCUCCGUCUCUCGGACUCUCGCCUUUAUUUAUUCUCUCACUCUCUCCUUCUCGUCACCCUCAUCCAGAUCUCCUUGUCUCCUUCUGUGUCUUUCUCUCUCUCUCUCUCUCUCUCUCUCUCUCUCUCUCUCUCUCUCUCUCUUUCUUCUAGUCUCUUACGUACGAGAAGUAGAAGCUAGCAGACUGGAGGAGUGAGUGGACCAAGGAGAGAGAGGGGGUGUUUCAGAUAAAAACCCUUUUUAUUUUUCUUGAUAAAACUUAUAAGCUUCGUUUUCCUUCUCAACCAACAGUAGACAUUAGCGCAAGAACAACAAAAAAAAAAACAAAAAUGGCCGAGAGUUUCCCAGCAGAGAAGAUGGCUAAGGUCUGCCCGGAAGAGCUGGCAGAGAAUGGCCCGGCAGAAAAGAUGGCCAGGAUUUGCCCUGAAGAAGAGGUGACCGAGAGCUUCCCAGAGAAAAAGAUGGCCAGGGUUUGCCCAGAAGAAGAGGUGACCGAGAGCUCCACAGCUGAGAAAAAGAUGCCCAAGGCUGACUGUACUCGAACACUCAUUAUCGGUGCCACCGGUUUCAUCGGUGGCUUCAUCGCCGAAGCUUGCCUCGCCUCCAGCAGACCCACCUAUAUUCUCGUCCGUCCCGGUUCCAACUCCCCUUCCAAGGCCAAAGCUAUCAGAGCUUUGCAAGACAAAGGAGCCAUCAUUCUUCACGGGAGCAUCGGCGACCAAAAUUUGAUGGAGAAGAUACUGAAGGAGCACAAGAUCGAUGUGGUGAUAUCAGCUAUAGGUGGCGACAAAAUUUUAGCCCAGCUUACCCUCAUCGACGCCAUGAAAUCGGUCGGAACCAUCAAGAGAUUUUUGCCAUCGGAAUUCGGGCAUGACAUUGAUAGAGCUGAUCCCGUAGAACCAGGGCUCACCCUCUACAACGUCAAACGCCGUGUUCGACGGAUGACAGAAGCCGCCAGCAUACCUUUCACCUACAUCUGCUGCAACUCCAUCGCCGCUUGGCCCUACUACAACAACACUCACCCUUCCGAGGUUCUUCCUCCGUUGGAUCACUUCCAGAUCUACGGUGAUGGAACCGUCAAAGCUUAUUUUGUUACCGGUGCCGACAUCGGAAAAUUCACCAUAAAAACUGUUGAUGACAUCCGCACCCUCAACAAAUCAGUCCAUUUCCGGCCACCCUGCAACCGACUAAAUAUCAAUGAGCUUGCUUGUUUGUGGGAGAGGAAGAUCGGAAGGACCCUCCCUAGAGUUACCAUCACAGAGAACGAUUUACUUGCCGCUGCAGAAGAGAAUUGCAUCCCGAGCAGUAUUGUUGCGUCCUUGACUCACGACAUAUUCAUCAAGGGUUGCCAGAUUAACUUCUCCAUUGAUGGGCCGAACGAGGUCGAGGUGACCUCCCUUUUCCCAGACAUUCCAUUCCAGACUGUGGAUGAGUGCUUCGAUGAAUUUGUGGUCAAGGCGGUGGGAGAAGAAGAGGGAGUGGAGCAGCAGCAGCAGCCAGUGAGCAAUGGCGAGAUGGGCAAGACAAACUCGAUAGUAGAAUCACUGAGCAGCGAAGAUGGGCUGAGCAAGAAGAACCCUUUAGUAGAACCAUUGGCUAUUGCAGCUACAUGUGCUUGAUUCAUCAUCCAAUGUCAUUACAUCUGUGGAUUGAUUGCAAUUUCUUGGACUGAAAAUGGAAUUGUUGGCCCAAAAUCCUCCUAGAAUCAUCUCGUUUCCAACCACCGAGAAUUCUUGUUUGGCUAAGCUACUCGAAUAAGCUUUAAGUUCAUUCUCUCAUUUUGAUUUGGCUGUAUUAGGUAAUAUAUUAAUUAUGUAUCCAGAAGUUAAGAGCAUUAAUUUGAUGUUCUGAAAAUAUUAUUGUAGAGCAUACGAAUAAAUUCGCCCCACUUUGGUACAUCAA